AUGGUUCGUCUGCAAAUACUACUCAGAGACUUGCUUGUCCUGGCAGCAGUUGUAUCUGCCGCGCCAGCACCAAAGCGCACUUCCUAUGUUGUUGUUGGCGGAGGUCCUUCAGGCUUUGUCGUUGCCGAAUAUCUCACUCGUGAUCCCUCAGCCCAUGUACUAUUGCUUGACGCUGGUACCAAUGAGGACACAAAUCCCAACAUUACGACGCCUUCUCAAUUCUUUUUCACACAACCCUACAUGUGGCCCUACCAUGUCGAGCCAGACAAGAACCUGGGUGGGCGUACACCCGACCUUUAUCAAGGGAAGGCUCUGGGGGGAGGCAGUGCAACCAAUGCCAUGUUGUAUUGUCGAGGGUCUUCAUCGGUCUUCGAUGAAUGGGCCGAGAUCAGUGGAAAUCAAGGCCUAGCUUGGAACUCGAUAUUCGAAUCCUUCAAAGCCACCACACACUGGGCCGACGAACCAUCAAUCACAUAUGAUCAACCAGUCAACACGACGUCCUUCGGUGAUGGGCCGUUGGAGAUCAGCCGUCAACGUCAAUUUCUUACAUUCGACGAGCCCUUUGCGAACAAACUAGUAUCCGAGCUGGGUCUGCCAAUCGUUGACUAUGUUUCUGGCGAUGGUAUUGGUGUCAGUCAAGGAUUGGAGUCUAUUCGAGUCAGCAACAGAACACGAUCCUACGCUACCAAUUCUUUUGGCUACCUGGCCGUUGCAAGACCAAAUUUUGAGCUUCGUAGCAAUGCUUGGGUGUCAAAAGUUGGGUUCCAACACACAACUGCGCGUGAUGUGACUUACACGGAUACCAUCACACAAGAGGAACAUACCGUUUCGGCGGACGAGAUUGUUCUAGCCGCUGGCGCUAUCAACAACCCACAACUACUCAUGCUUUCUGGCGUGGGACCGGCAGAGAUGUUGGAACCACUAGGCAUUCCGGUCGUGCUGGAUGCACCACAAGUUGGUCAGAACAUGAUCGACCAUCACAUGGCCGUCUUGCAGUACGAGGCCAAGGCCGAGGUCGAUACCAGCUGGCAGUGGCAGCAAAAUCGUACGCACUACGAGCUUGCAGAGCUGCAAUACCAAGCCAACGGUGACGGGCUCUUGGGCAUGCAGAAUGGUGACGUGGCCGGUGGUCUGCGGAUUCCCGAUUCAGUGUUCGACGGCCUUGGAGGAUAUCAUGUCAGUCUUCCCACGGAUCGUCCACAACUAGUGUAUGAGUAUGCAGCGACGCCAUUCCUACAGACGAACAAUGUUAGUGUGGUCGCUGCCUUUGCUGCGGUUGUGCAGCCUGAAGGCAGAGGGAGUGUGUCCAUCAACUCGUCUGACUAUCUCGAUCCACCUCAGAUAUACGCAAAUUACUGGGGAACGCCUGCCGAUCGUGCUGCAAUCAUGUACGGAUACAAGCAGUUGCGAAGCAUGAUGAGGUCAGAUGAGUUGAGUCAAUUCUUUGUCCGAGAGCUCUAUCCUGGUGAUGAUAUUGAGGACGAUGAGGAAUUUUGGGCGGCAAUUCAGGGAGGCUCAGCCAGUUGGCAUCAUCCUGUUGGAACUACGGCUAUUGGGAGUGUCCUGGACCCCAAUUGGAGAGUGAAAGGCUUGCAAGGAAUUCGUGUGGUUGGAUCUAGUUCUGCACCGACUAUCACGACCUGUCCUAUACAGUCGAUGGCAUACGCGAUUGGACACCGCGCGGCAAUAGAUAUCGCCGUCGCAGAUGGUUUGAUAAUAUUUUAG